UUUGGUAGAGCAACCCCAGACACCACCAUCUCUCAGGGAGACGUGUGCCGAGGUCACCAAGGCAGCCAGAGAGCCAAAUCGAGAGUCCGCAGGCAGCAGCAGAGACACCCUUCAUGGCGAUCCUCUUGGCUGCCACUCGCAUCACCCAGCCUCUUGCUCGGCUGACCCUGAAAGCUCCGCACUGCAAGGAUGGCACUGCCACCGGCCUGCGAUUGCUUCCCGAGGUUCGGGCCGCAGCCUCCGCCUGGAGGAGCCAGCGCUGCUACGCAACAGAGGUGGAAGAGAUCAGCCAGCGACCUGUCCUUAUUACGGGCUGCGACUCGGGCUUUGGCUUCUCCUUGGCCAAAUUCCUCCACGGGAAGGGCUUCAUCAUCUAUGCUGGGUGCCUGCUAAAGGAACAAGGCCGGGGGGGCUCAAAGGACCUGGACAAUAUGAAGAGUGACCGAAUGAGGACCGUCCAGCUCAACGUCUGUGACAGCGAGGAGGUGGGGCGUGCAGUGGAUUACAUAACCAGCACCCUGAAGGAUCCUGAGACCGGAGGGCUCUGGGGUCUGGUCAACAACGCUGGCAUUUCCACUUUCGGAGAGGUGGAAUUCACCAGCAUGGACACUUACAAAGAGGUGGCCGAAGUGAAUCUCUGGGGCACCAUCCGGACCACCAAGGCCUUCCUGCCCUUGAUACGGAGAGCCAAAGGCCGCGUGGUCAACAUCAGCAGCAUGAUGGGCCGGAUGGCUAACCCCGCCCGCUCCCCUUACUGCAUCACCAAGUUUGGGGUGGAGGCCUUCUCCGACUGCCUGCGCUACGAGAUGCGCCCACACGACGUGAAGGUCUGUAUUGUGGAGCCGGGCAACUUCAUCGCCGGCACCAGUCUCUACAGCCCAGAGCGCAUCCAGUCCAUCGCCGACAAGAUGUGGGAUGAACUGCCAGAGAUCGUGCGGCGCGACUACGGGCGGAAGUACUUUGACGAGCAGAUUGCCAAGAUGGAGUCAUACUGCAACAGCGGCUCCUCAGACACCUCCCCGGUGGUCGAGAGCAUCGGCCACGCCCUCACCUCCACCACGCCCUACACCCGCUAUCAUCCCAUGGACUACUACUGGUGGCUGCGCAUGCAGGUCAUGACCCACAUGCCCGCGGCCAUUUCCGACCGCCUCUACAUCUACUGAGAGUGGGGGGGUCCCCCUGGAGCCGAACUGGCGAGGGAAGGUCAUGCUAAAGGUUACGCUGUAUAGUUUUCUGGCAGCCGUUCGGUUAGUUUGUUUUUAAACUCUGUAUUUUAGGCCUGUGAUUAAUUUAAACAUUGGCACGUAAUUUAACCCCUUGCAUGGUGUGUUGGGUAGGCAGGACUAUCUCACGUCUUUCAGGGGGACUCCGAUGAGGGUAUUUAUUUCAAGUAUCUCCUUCGCCUGGCUUGCAUUGUCCUUAGGGGAGCUUGGCCAUCGCCUUCCUUUGGAGCUGGCCGUCCCCUCCUGGAGAAAGGCUGCCCACCCAGUCCUGGGCAGCCUGGGACUUGUCCUGGCUGGGGAGGUAGCUGGCCUUCAGAGUCCUUUGUUGGGGCUGGGGGGAGGGAUCGCAGCAGCCAGGGGCCAGUUGUCCACACCUGUCUUUACACACUCCUUUUCAAGGGGCGCCAUGGACCAAGCGUCACCAAGCCCCUCUCCCUACUGGAGGAGCUUUGACCACGGGCUCAACCCUUUGGGGGUUCUGCCAAUGCACAGAAUCAAUCCUGCAAGGGAGGGGGCAGCCUGCCUUUAGUCAGGGGCCCCAGACUGAGUUAUUUGCACUAGUUUGAUGGGUGGUGGAUAAUCGCAGGGCAGCAGGAGGCUGCCUUCUAUCAGCAUAAGCCACCCACAGCUCGGGAGCUACUGUGGGUCACUCCAAUUUGACCGUGAAAGUCAUUUUCCGCUUGGCACUUAAAAUCCUCCCUCCAGGAGGUCAGGCUGAGCACGGUGCCUACCCCAAUCCUAACCCAUGAAGUCUGCGUGACUGAAUGGCUUCUGGCUGUCAGUCCCUCACCACGGCUGUUGCCCCUCCAAGACGGUCUUGCCGGGGCCAUCAGGAAGACCUGGCAGAGAUUUGGCACACCUGUCUGUCACCAGGGGUGGGAUGCCACAUGGGGACACAGGCCUGUGGCUGGCAGCGGAGGAGGAUAAGGGAGCAUCACCCCCCCAACCAGUAAGCGGGAGGGACUGUGAUUGGAUGUCCUCUCUUUCAAUGAACAUUAAACCAUGUGGCAAACCUGCCUGAAUCACUGGCCUUUUUCCUUGACCCGAGACCAGAUGCCCUGGGCUGCUGUGCCGGAGCUGGAAGUGAGGGCAAGAGGUGCUGCCCUCCUCCUGCUUGCCCGGGGGCCUGCCCUGCGCAUCUCUCCAGGGGCUCCCUUGGAGGCUAAGCAAGAAGGUGGCCGGGCACCAGGACCCAGCGGCACCAUCUUGGGAAGGUCUCUGUCCUAGAACUGGGGUGGGGUGGGGGGCUUUGACCCCAAGACAUGUGAGGCAGGCUUUCCUCUCCCCGCUGCAGCACUUUCUGGGGGCAAAUCCCCACCCCUGCACAUCCAAGAAAGGACAUAGGAGAUUUUCCUUAGCUUUUUGGCUGGGCCCCUCCCUCCGUGGAAGACUCCCCCCUGCCCCCAGAGAGACUGCAGCCUCAGAAGCUGAUGAAAACAUCUUAUUCAUUUGGCCCCUGAUUAUGUCAUCCCGUUUAUAUGUUAUAGUGUAUAUGUUAAUACUGCAUUGCUCCACGGCCUGUGAGGAAGGGGAUAGAUGAGCCUGUAGGGGCCAUGGAAUUCUUCCUCCCCCAAGGAGGAAGAGGAGACCCCCUCCCCCUUUCAUGCUAACUUGCUUCUGCAGCUGCCCAGGCCCUUUCUUGGAAUAAAACACACCAAGUCACAAGCCCUUUGGUAUAAUUAAGAGCCUCUUCCUGAAAUUAAAUGAGGUGCAGCUGGAGAGUUUGCUAGUCUUCCUCUGGGCAAGGUAGGCUGGAUUCAUUCCCCCCGCCCCAGCAGACACCUCUAGGAAUGGCUGUUCCCCCUCCCCCAGGUCUCUCCCUCAGCUGCAAGCCCCGCCCUCCCCAGAGGCCAGAGUAGGGGUGGGGUGGGGGGUAAGAAAGAGGCCGGAGUCACUCGGGGUCCCUCUCUGCCUUUUCUUGAGGGCUCUGGAGUGUUUUCAGGGGGAAAAGCUCCUUUCCUGUCCCUUCUUGAGGAAAACUCAGUCUGCAGGAAAGAGCAGCUUGUUUGGACAGGAAGUCACUUUGCACUCCCCCGUGGCCAAAUGCCCCUCCCCUUCUCAGUGGCCUGCAAGGGGGGAUCUCAGCCGCUGGGAGACUGUUUGACUCCCACCCUUGUCUUCCUGCACUCAGGCCCCCUGGGAGGAUUGAGCUCCUCUGUGGGGCAGGCACCUUUUCUGGCAGGAGGCAAGGAAAGAAGGGGGAGAGGAAAGUCAGGUGGGGGAACUGCAUCUUAGGGGGCCCAGCUCUGUCUGUACCCUCCUUCUCUUUCGGGUUGUCUUCUGAUCCAGGCAGCGGUAGUGGUGGUGCCCUCCCAUGCCAAUGCCCCCCAUGUGCUGACCCUCAGCUUGAUGCUAAAAUACCUGCCAGAGCUGAUGAAUCCAGGUGGUGUGGCUGAAGGAUGAGGCCUGGGGGUGGAGACUCCAGCUGUGUGGAGACACCUGACUGUAGGUGCUUUGAGAAAGGGUCACUUCCUAGCCAGGCUCCAUCUCUGGGUUGCAUGUCGGUGGGCCCCAGUCUUGGAUACCCCCCUACCCCCAUUCUUUGGUGUAACAAGCUGCUUGCCACCAUCUGGCAAUAUUGCACUGGCUGAGUUCACACAUGACGCCUAAGCAGGAAAAGACCCGGCAGCUGCACUCAGUAGUCAUGCUAAAACUGACUAGCGUUAAUCUCCCUUAGACUGGAUUUACUCACUAAAUUGCACAAAUCCUAGCUUUUCCUUUAUGGAUUGUGAAAUUCCAGAAAACGGGUUAAUUGUGAGAAUGUGACUUCUGAUGUGCGGAUUUCCAGGAUUGUAAAUUGGGGGUGGACUUGGGGGACCUGACCCCACACAUGGAUCCCUCUGAACGCUGAUUCUUGCUCUAGGCAGAGCUAAGAGGACAACAGGCAUUUAGAAUAAGAAGUAAAUUUAAAAUUGUACAUUAACUCUUGUAAAAAAGAUUGAAAGCCAUUUCUUUGUAUCUUUUUUCUAUUUUUCUUAUACUUUCUCCUCUCUUUCUUGCACGUUUAGUUUUCUCUGAUUUUUCUUUUCUCAUUUUAAAUUAGUUUUUAUUGGUUUUUAAUCUUCCUUCUUAAACUUUUAAUAAAAUUAUGAAGUUUGUGCACCAGC